UGGAGCGAUGACGUUAGAUUUGGAUCCCGCACGGCUUCAGUCUUCGGCCCGUUCACCUUCAUUAACCCUGACCGUGCCGGUGAAACUCGUUGGGAGUUUAUUAGUUUUUCUGUCCCGUUCAUAGCUGAUUCUCCUGGGGUAUAAUCUGUUCCGAGUCCUGCGCCUGUCCUCUUGGAACGGCGUACACCAUCACUCCGGGGGAUGAUUUGUUGGCCUCGCGUCAUUCUGUUGGGAGACUCCAUAACUCAGUUUGCUUUUGAGGCGAAUGCGUGGGGCUCCACACUCGCUAAUAAGCUUGUCAGGAAAUGUGAUGUCAUCAACCGCGGCCUCUCUGGGUAUAACACAAGAUGGGCCAAACUGCUGCUGCCGAGGCUGGUCUCCAGAAGCUGUUCUGGAAACGUGGCUGCGGUGACCGUAUUCUUUGGUGCUAAUGACUGUUCCUUGAAAGAGGAGAACCCCCAGCAGCAUGUCCCGUUGGAGGAGUAUGCGGACAACCUACGGAGCAUGAUUCAGUAUCUGAAGUCCAUCGACGUCGCCGGAGAUCGGAUUAUCCUGAUCAGUCCUCCUCCUCUCCACGAGCCAUCCUGGGAAAAACAGUGUCAUGGAAAAGGUUGUAAGCUGAAUCGCUUGAACGCCGUCGCGGGGGAAUAUGCCAAGGCCUGCGUUCAGGUUGCUGCGGAAUGUGGGACGGAGUGUCUGGAUUUAUGGACCCAAAUGCAGGAAGGAGAUCUGGACUACACCGCGUAUCUGUCAGAUGGGCUUCAUCUAUCCGAUGAAGGCAACCGCUUUGUGGAGUCCCAUCUCUGGUCGAUCCUUGAGAAGAAGCUGUCUACCCUGCCCUUCAUUCUGCCCUACUGGAACGACGUCGACUGUCUGAAUCCAGACGCCUCUCUGCUCCAGGAUAAGAAUGCAGAGCCGUAGAGCUUCGUUGCACAGCCCGUCCUGCCGUUACUAUUCUAUAAUGAAUGAUGAUGACGAAGCUGAAAUCUCAAUGAAGUUAAUUGACUGGGAAGCGAAACAGAUAUCAGGAGAAAUAUCCAACCCUUGAUUGCAGAAGCACCGACCUUAGAAACUCAAUCCAACAUUUUCUUUUGCAUCAGAUGGCGGUAUAUGUAGCGGUUGCCGAGGGCAUACGAUAAAGAGCUCUUUUCCUUUACAGUACAAUAGCAGAUAUUAAUAAAAAUCAAAACGUC